AUGCCUUCUUUGCUGUCGUGUAACAAUAUUGCAAUUGCAUCAAUGAUCACUAUCUUUUGGCUUCUUGUUCUUAUAGACAAAAUUAAAAAGAGAAAGGAUAGCUUCCAUAGAAUUUCAAAUCCACGAAAUUUAGUUAGAAUGGAACUUCUGCUUAAAAAAAUAAGAAAUAAGUUUAAAAACUGGAAAGUAAUAACGCUUCUUGGAGUUGGUUGCAAUUGUAUCUCUGUGCCUUUUCCUGCAAACUGGUCAAAGUUGGCACUAAAGCAUGCAAUUUUGCUGAACUUGGGCUCCUUGCAAGCGAUAGCAAUGCAAGAAAAUGUUUAUAUAUUCAACUAUAAUCGUAAAGGUGGAAAAGCUUUUAUUGAUGCAUUGUUGCCCCGAUUGAAUCCAAAGAACAUGAAUGGAGGACCAUCAACGCCAUUUGUCCUUGAGGUGGUUGAGGCAGCACUACAUUCAAGGAUACAUCGUUUGGAGCAGAGAUUAUGGGAUUUAGAACCAUGUGUGCAAGCUUUACUUGAGGUUCUGCCAUACAGAUUGGUAGGUGACAUAUUGGAGGAACUUCGAAUUAGCAAGCAGAGAUUGGUUGAAUUGGGCUCACGAGCGGGGGCAACCAAACAAAUGUUGCUUGAUAUUCUUGAGGACACACAUGAAAUACGACGUGUUUGUAUUAUGGGAAGAAACUAUACCCUUCAGAAAAAUGAUGAGAUGGAAUGCUAUGUUCCCCUAAAAAAGCAGAUUGCUGAGGAGGAGGAAGAAGAAAUUGAAAUGCUUUUAGAAAACUAUCUCCAAAGGUGUGAAUCUUGUCAUGGUCAGGCAGAGAGGCUUCUUGAUUCAGCGAAAGAAAUGGAAGAUUCCAUUGCAGUCAACCUUAGGUUAAUUGCCAACCCUUCUCUUUUUCCAUCUAUUUUUUAA